UUAUUGAACAGUCGGCGUUUGUUAGGCUUCACACCGUCCUCGUUCUCUCACAUCCAACGAUACCCGGGAGACACGAUGGGUUGGUUCUGGAACGGGAAGUGCUCCAGCAAGGUUCGGCUGGAAGGCAAGACAGCAGUGAUCACCGGAUGUAACACCGGCAUCGGCAAAUACACAGUCCUCGAUCUCUACCUGCGAGGUGCUCGGGUGGUGAUGGCGUGUAGGGACGUGUCAAAGGCAGAGACAGCUCGUGAGUGGGUGCUGCAACAGUCUAAAGACAAAGAAGGUGCCGGGGAGAUCUCAGUUUGCCAUCUGGACCUCUCGUCCCUCAACUCCGUGAGGCAAUGUGCUCAGAAGAUACUGGACGAAGAAAAGAACAUUCACCUCCUCAUUAACAAUGCAGGAGUGAUGAUGUGUCCUCGCAGUGUGACAGAAGAUGGAUACGAGUUGCAAUUCGCCACCAACCAUCUCGGCCACUUCCUCUUCACGUUGAUCCUGCUCCCAAAGAUAAUCAGUUCAGCGCCUGCUAGGAUAGUGAACGUCGCAUCCAUGGCGCAUAUUUUGUGUCGCUCAAUGUAUUUUGAUGAUAUAAACAUGGAGAACUGUGGGUUCUACACCCCACAGAAAUCUUAUGCAAGAAGUAAAAUGGCAAACAUCCUAUUUACAAGAGAGCUGGCCAGGCGGUUGAAAGACACUGGUGUGACCGCGUACAGUCUCCAUCCCGGAGUGGUGGAUACGGAGCUCAGCAGACAUUUGGACAAGACUAUUUUUCCCGGAGCCAGGUGGUUUUUCCAUAACUUCGGAGGAAUGUUUAUGAAGAGCCCACUACAAGGAGCUCAGACAACUUUGUAUUGUGCCUUAGAGGAGUCACUCGCUCAAGAGUCUGGCCUGUACUACGAUGACUGCCAAGUAGCCAAGACCACGUCCAUGGGAAGAGACGAUGAACUUGCAAAGAAGUUGUGGGACGUCAGCUUGGAUAUGGUCAAGUAUUCUCCUCCUCCACCCUUUGGAAAAUCUGCCUAAACAAAGAGACAUCUGGAGUAUAAACGUCAUUUUGUGUGGGACCAUUCAAAUUCUGAAUGAAUAAUAGACCCUAAUAAACUGUAUAGGGGUUUAAUUUACCAGUUUAAUUUGAUGAAGCAGAACAUGGGUUUGAUAUUUAAAACCAGCCAGAUGUGAUGGUGUAAUUAAAAAUAUAUAGUUUAGAUUUUUAUCAUCUGUUUAAAACUUGCCUUUAGAGUAGUUGAUGGCCUUAUACACGGCCGCCUUUAACUCCAGGCUGCGGCCUUCGAAGUGGCAACGUCGCAAGUGGUGUUGUAACAGCUGUUUUGUUUGGAAGCAGCUAAUGGUAUUUGUGUAUUUACGAAAGAUUGGUUACUGGACUAUGACAAUAUUGACUCCGCUUAAAAAUGUACAGAUAUAGAUUUUUAAUUCAUAUUGUUUUGGUUUUCAAUUCUGCAUGUUUUAUUUUCAAUAUUUUAAUAAAUUUAUCUUCAUAAAUUUAAAUUUAAAUCAAUAAAGUGCGAAUUAAUGAGCUGAUGUCACCUGUCUGCCAUGUUAUCUUAUGGGACGUCUGUCACUAAACAACACCACUUGCGACGUUGCCAAUUCUACCAGGCUGUGGCCUGUAGUUACAGUAGGCCGUGCCUUAUACCAGCUGAUACCAUACGUUUGGAUUUUGCAGUGUUUUAGAUUAACAUGUGUUUAUUUAUUUCAAAACUCAAUAACAAAGAUUAAUUCAAAUAAAAGUCCAUACUGCAUACUAUUUUCGUUUGGCUCAGGAGGGUCGAAAUUACAUAUUUUCUUCUACCUGUAUACAAAAGUACAAGUUAAGCAUAUUGUUUCAGUUAGCAUCCAAACAUAAAAAUAUCUAUAGCUAAGUGGCAUGUGUCAAUUCAAAUGAUUUAUUACCGUUAAAACAUUUAAUUUUUUGCUCAGAUCGUAUUGUUUUGUAGUUGUUCAUUUGUAAACGUCACCAACAAAGGCACCUGAAAUGAACGCUUAUGUGUCAAGUAAGACAGACACAUUGGAAACAUUAACUUAAUAAACAAAUCACGGUAGUAGUAAAGUAGGUUGUUCUGCUUCUAACAUGCUAAACUGUGUUUUAGAUGAACCUGUAGCUUACAACCACUGACAUACGUACAUAGAUAAUAUUUUACAGACUAUUUAUUUAGAUAGCUCAGUUUUAAAAAUUGUUUUUAUAUUUAGCUUUUAUCUCUUAGUAUUAUAUUGUUAUUAAUUUGAAGAGUUUACUUAAUCCUGAUUCCUUUUUAUUGUAUAGUGCAAAGUUAAUACUAAGUAAUAAUAACCUAGACUGCUCCAUAUUUGAAAUUAUGCUAUAGGACACUAUUGAAAAAUGAAGUGCUCUUUGUCUUAACCAUUGGAAAAUUAAAUUUUAUACCUCAGAGUAAUAAUACAUAAACUUCUAGAAUUUGUUAAGGCAUUCAUUUUCCACCUAUCUCUGAUGAUUUGGAGUAACAAUCAUGAUUGUAAUUAAAAAUAAAUAACCACUAUUCUAGUCGUAGACAUGAUUUAACAAUUUAUAUUAUAGUAUUAAGUGUUGAUUACAAGAACCAUCUUUAGAAGUUUUAUACAUGUUACAUAACAAUAAAGUGAUUUAAAAAAUGUGUUAUUA